AUGUUAGUGAUUGUAUGCAGUUCAGUCUUGUUGACUAUUUGUCUGCUGAGCUGCGUCUAUAUACUACUGAAAAGGCAAAGAGGGGGCAACCUGACAGAAUACCGCGACUCCAUUACAGUAGAUAACAAAUCUGAGAGCGGCGUGUUGACUGCGAACACUUCUCACACCAACUUGGCGAAUGUUAAGGAGAGUUCCAUUAACGCACAAAACAGGAUAUACAGCGCGCCCAUACACAUGAGGAACAAUAGUAAACAUGAACUGUACGAAAUCAGCCCUUACGCACAAUUUGCGGUGGGAUUCCGGACAUUCGGCCACGUUGAGAAUCAAGACUUGCCCAGUCGUCAUAGCAAACACAGCAGAUAUGAUACAGAGACGAGUUUUCAAGUGUGUUCAGAGUCGGAGGAUAGCGAUAGUAUAUCAAAAUCAACGCUCAAAAGUGCCCCAAGAAAAAUGUGCAGAACUCCUCACCACAGAUAA